AGAAGAAAGAGAGAGAAAAAGAAAAACAAGAAUCAGAAUGGAGGAAAAGGAAAUACGAACAAGAAGAGAAACAACAGGAGGAGGAGGAGGAGGAGGAGGAGGAGGAAAAAAAGGAUGGCUGGGAAGUCCUGCCUUGAACAUUACAGACUGCAUAGUGAACGCGUGGCUACCAGAAUGCAACAGUGAGGAUAAACUCAUCUACAACACCACCACUAACGCAACACUGCCUGGAAAACAAAAUGAACUACCACCUAGUCUCGGUUUCGAUAAUAACGCCUUGACGGACAUCAUCGUCUAUUCUAUCCUCUUCGUCAUCGCCGCUGCUGGAAACCUCACCGUCUUUAUCACACUCUGCCGCAACAGACACAGAAAAUCCCGCGUUAAUUUGAUGAUCAUGCAUUUGGCGGCCGCAGAUUUAAUGGUGACCUUUAUAAAUAUCCCCUUAGAGGUAGGAUGGCGGGCUACAACGCAAUGGUUAGCGGGGAAUUUAGCGUGCAAGAUUUUUUUUUUUCUGCGAGCGUUUGGGUUGUAUCUCUCUUCCCUCGUCCUCGUGUGUAUCAGCCUCGACCGCUACUUCGCCAUCGUUCAUCCACUCAAGGUGAACGAUGCACAAAGGCGAGGAAAAAUAAUGGUGUGUUUUGCGUGGAGUGUUGCUGCCGUGUGUUCCUUGCCCCAGAGUGUCAUCUUCCACGUGGACACACACCCUAACUACGAUUUCAAGCAGUGUGUCACCUUCGGGUUCUUCAGCACCCAAGUGGAGGAGACAAUGUACAACCUCUUCUGUCUCGCUGCCAUGUACUUCCUGCCUCUCCUCAUCAUCAUCAUCGUCUAUCUGAGAAUAUUGUGGGAAAUCUCGCAGAACUCUAAGAAUUCAGCUGAACCCAAGCGAAGAGAGAGCAAGAGCAGCAUUAUAAGACUCACCAGGGAGAGGCGCCGGGGCAGUAGCAGCAGCAGCAGCAGGAGGAGGAGGGAAGACACAGCGCGGUCAAGGGGCGGCGAGAUGAGGCUGAGGAGGAGUGACACCAGUAACAUAGAGAGGGCGAGGUCGAGAACACUUAGAAUGACUGUUAUUAUUGUCCUUGCCUUUGUGUGGUGUUGGACUCCCUAUGUGGUAAUGGUCAUGUGGUACAUGUUUGACCGAGCCAGCGCUGUGAUGCUGGACCGAAGGCUGCAAGACAUCUUCUUCAUCAUGGCUGUCAGCAACAGUUGUGUGAAUCCCAUCGUCUACGGGACUUAUACCACUAACUUAAGGGCGGAGCUGGACAGAUGCUUAGGGAGGAGGCGUGGGCGUGGGCGUGGUGGUGGUGGUGUUGGUGGGCGUGGUGCUGGAGGUGUUAGUAGUGUGAGAAAUACUACUAGACGAUCUCCUGGACCGUCCUUCGCGGCAAGAUCGACCACCACCAAGACUUCCUACGCGCAGAUAUCGAAUCCAAACACAAGCACAAGAGGAUCAGGAUGCGUAAUGCUGGAAAUAGAAGGAGAUUCGCCCCCUAAAGUGUCUCCCAAUGGAUCUGGCGGUCAAAAAGAAGCAAAAGAGCGAUUAUACUACGGGGAAAUGCAAGAUUCUAGCCCUAAUGUGCAGCUGACCCCCUAGCGUCUCUGAGGUCAAAGGUCAAGGAAAGGUCACUCGUGCAGAAUGGGUCAUCAAAUGCUGGGAUGAUGUUGACUGCCUGUUAGAGGGUUGGAAGGUGUUUGGUGUAGUUUGGGUGGUGUUGUGGGGUGUUUGGUGGUGUUAUGGAGGUUUUAGGUGUUCUCUCUCUCUCUCUCUCUCUGUAGUAAUUAAGUCAUUAAAUACUCAAUUAUGUGCUUUUGUUUUAUAAGGUGUGUGUGUGUGUGUGUGUGUGUGUGUGUGUGUGUGUGAUUUUUUAGAUAUCAUCAUAGUUUCACCUUUGCUAAUUUUAUUUAUUGUUAUUAAGUCACCUGUCAGUCCCUGGAGGCCCCUAAGAGAGAGGCAGUGGGGGGGGCGGGGUCCAGGGUCAGAGAGAGAGCCGGCCAAUGAGGUGAAGGGUUACAAAGUGAAGGAAAGUGCACGUUUUAAAAUCUGGGAAAUACACGUUUACAAUUUCUCUCAAAAAAAUGUUAAAAGAAUAUUAUGGAAAUACUUUUAAAAAAUACAUCAGUUUUUAAAAGCGAUGCGUGUGACAUUGAGACGGAGGGAAAAAGUGUGU